UGGACGUGAAGUUCUGCUUCGGUCGUCCAGCAGCUCACAUGUUGCUCCGGGUCUUUCAUGCUGGAGUCCCAGCUCAGUAAAGUGGAACCACCUCCUGGUUCUGGAUCUUCUGUGGUGCUGCUGGACAGCUCUGAGGCUGCUCUUCAGAACUUUUCCUGAUGAUGGGCACAGGUCUGACCCUGGCUCCUCUCCUGGUUUUCUUUGCUCUCGGACCUGUGGUGCAGGGAUCUCGACCGAGGUUAGAGGAUGCUGCUCCUCGGAUCAUUGAACAUCCGUCUGAUUUGAUCGUUUCCAAGGGAGAGCCAGCCACCCUCAACUGUAAGGCCGAGGGACGGCCCACACCAAUGGUGGAGUGGUACAAAGAUGGUGAGCGAGUCGAGACAGAUCGAGAGGACCCCCGAUCCCACCGGAUGCUACUGCCCAGUGGCUCUCUCUUUUUCCUGCGAAUUGUUCAUGGAAGAAGAAGCAAACCUGAUGAGGGCAUCUAUGUAUGUGUGGCGCGCAACUAUCUGGGCGAGGCGGUCAGUCGUAAUGCUUCGCUGGAAGUAGCAAUUCUGAGGGAUGACUUCCGUCAGACACCCAGCGAUGUGGUGGUAGCAGCAGGUGAACCUGCUGUCAUGGAGUGUAUUCCUCCAAGAGGCCAUCCUGAGCCCACCAUCUCAUGGAAGAGAAACAACAUCCGGGUCAAUGAUCGAGAUGAAAGGAUUACUUGCCUCCUCAGAUUGUGGUGCGACCACGAGACCAGAUUACAGCUCCGGGUCGCACCGUAACCUUCCUCUGUAGUACCAAGGGAAAUCCUCCACCUGCCGUGUUCUGGCAAAAGGAAGGAAGCCAGAUCUUGUUGUUCCCCAUCCAAGAGUCUUCCCAUUCCGGUCGUUUCUCCGUGUCACUGAGUGGUGAACUCACCAUCACUGAUGUGCAGGUGGAAGACUCUGGUUACUACAUCUGCCAGGCCAUCAGUGUGGCUGGCAGUAUCCUGACUAAAGCCAUGCUGGAAGUGGAGAGCUCCCCUUCAGACAGAGUCCCUCCCAUCAUCCGCCAGGGACCAGCAAAUCACACGCUCGCUCCUGGUUCCACUGCUCAGUUCCACUGCCACAUCAUGGGCAACCCAUUUCCCAGCAUUCAGUGGGAGAAGGAUGGCCAGAGGAUCCUAGAAAAUGAUGGUCGAAUCAGCUUGAUGGACAAUGGCACCUUUCAGAUCACCAGCCUACAGGAAACAGAUUCUGGAGUCUACACCUGCCUGGCUUCCAGCUCCAGUGGAGAGACGAGUUGGAGUGGAGUGCUUAUCAUCAAAGAGAGCACUGACCCGUUUGUUGCUCAGGCCACAGAACCCUUUCAGCUGCCAGGUCCACCACACAAACCUAUUGUCACAGAUGUCUCGAAGAACAGCGUCUCUCUGACCUGGCAACCCAACGCUCAUGAAGGUGGAGCAGCUGUCACCUCCUACAUCAUCGAGGCUUUCAGCCAGUCAGCAGGCAGCACGUGGCAGACUGUAGCUGACAUGGUCAAGAUGGAGACACACACAGUCAGUGAGCUUCUUCCCAACACUGUGUAUUUGUUCAUCGUUCGAGCUGUGAACGCCUACGGUCUGAGUGACCCGAGCCCCAUUUCUGAGCCUGUCAGAACACAAGAUGUGAGUCCUACAGGUCAGGGUGUGGACCACAGGCAGGUGCAGAGGGAGCUGGGAGAAGUCAUGGUUCAGCUUCAAGAUCCUGUCAUGCUAAAAGCACCAAACAUCCGAGUGUCCUGGACGGUGAGAGGCUAGGAUCUUUCUUGUUGAAGCCAAAAGGGUCAUUAUGUGUUUGCUCUGGUCUCUAUCAGUCUCCAUGUGUGAGUCAAAUAUUUUGUACUCUCAGAAAGUAAUAAUUGUAGUGUCUUCAUCUACAACUGAUUAACAUUUGGAGUCAACUCAAUUCAAGAUGGCCACAACAGCUAAGCAAAUGUAGCAAUUACAAAAUUGGCUAUAAUUCAACAAAUUGUAUGGAUAUUGAGAUAUUUUGAGUAAUUAGAAUGAUUCUCAUAUUAUACUAUGAGCAUAAACUGAUCACACCACAAGUAUGUAUUUGUAUUUAUAGCUUUGCUAAUAACUAUAGAAAUCUAAAAAUAGUUCAAUCUGGUGAACAUUAAAAAAAAAUUAAAAAAAAAAAGCAAAAAA